AUGUCUGCGCCUGACCAGCUGCAGGAAGAGGUAUGGCAGGAUCGCGAGAUCAAAUUUGAUCAGAUGCCGCAGUUGCUGAAGCUGCGCAAGGGUGAGUUUCAGAUUGAUUCAAUCAACUCCGUGGAGGACACCAAAGGAAAUAACGGCGAGAGAGGCAUCCUCAUUGUCACAAACCUGAGGCUAAUUUGGACCUCGGCCAAAUAUGCCAGGACCAACUUGAGUAUUGGGUUUAAUUGUGUCUCGAGCGUGAAUAUCCGGACUGUAAACUCCAAGCUGCGGGGGAGCAGCCAGGCUUUGUACGUCAUGACGCGGUUCAACUCCACCCGUUUCGAGUUCAUUUUCACAUCUCUUGUAAAACACAGCCCACGCCUUUUCACGACAGUCCAGGCCGUCUUCAAGAGCUAUGAAACCACGAAGCUGUACAGAGACUUGAAGCUGCGUGGGGCCAUCAUUCGGGACAAAGAGCUCAUAAUGUUGCCGAACGAGCAGGUCUACGAAAAAAUCAACGGGAUCUGGAACUUGUCAUCCGAUCAAGGAAACCUUGGCACCUUCAUCAUUACGAAUGUGCGCACGGUCUGGUUUGCCGUUCUGGCAGAGAACUUUAAUGUGUCCAUCCCGUACCUGCAGAUGAAAAGCAUCAAUGUCCGGAACUCCAAGUUUGGACAAGCGCUGGUCAUAGAGACUACAGCCUCAAGUGGUGGUUACAUCCUGGGUUUCCGGGCUGACCCGGUGGAGCAUCUGGAGGAGGUGUACACGCAAAUUCACAAUCUGUGGAAGAUCUUCAGCGUGACUCCAAUCUUCGGAGUUGAAUUUUCCGUUGAAGACAAGCAGUCUGAUGCGAAGGAGAAUUUCGUGCCGAGACAAGAGGACGAUGUGCAAAUCAUGGAAGGCGAUGACAUUGAGCCCUGCUUGCUAUACCAGCCGGAUGGUGAAAAGGAAAUCGACCGAGAGCCGAUCUACAACAACGAGCUUGGGCUUGCGGUGGAGCGGCUGAAGGAAGGCUCCACCAUCCAACAGCUCUGGCAGAUCGUCUGA